AUGGCGGCUCCUUCCAGCACCCAAAAGCCGACGCUUGCUACUGAUGCAGGCGCCGGAUCAGGGACAAAAGGAGAGAAACAGCCGUCUGGCUCCGAGAAAUCGCAGCCUGCUGAACAAAAGGAGCCACCGCAUGUCCUGGACGUGGCACGCUUCCAACGACUGAACUCGCUCAUCCACCGUGAGAACGUGGACGUGAACGAACUUCUGCGUCUAGUGGAGCAGGAUAACCAUGUGAACCUCAUGAACGACCCCUUGCUCAGCGUCGUCAUCGCCUGCAAGAAGCCCAAACUCGCCGUCGUCCUCAUCGCCAAAAUAUCAGAUUCCACGCUCAAGGCCUACAACUACAACGGCGACACGGCGCUUCACGUAGCUGCAGCCAUGGACGACAAAGAAGUGGCCUUGGAGCUGAUCCGCAGGGUGCCAGAUCUCGUUCAUGUGCGGAACGUGAAGCAGGAGAUACCGCUACAUAAGGCGGCAAUGUACGGGCUGCAGGACAUGUUCUGGCUGCUGGUGGAAAAGAGCAGCUCACCGGAAGCCCGGAGGGAGGACGGCGCCACCAUGCUGCACUGUGCCAUCAUGGGCAAUGCGCCGGUACUUGCCUUGCAGAUUGCACAGUAUUAUCCAUCUCAGAUCGAAUCCCGGAAUGAGCACGCCCUCACUCCGCUGCAGCUGUUGGUGACCAUUCCAGAGGCAUUCCGAAGCCAAGUAGUUCUUGGGGCCCUCGACUCCUUCAUCUACGAAUGGAUUCCCUUGGAAGAGGACUCGAGUAAAAUGAACAAAAGGGAUGAAGAGGUGGCACUCAACGGAUCUCUCUCUGAUUCGGUUCUCUCUGUGGCAUGCACAUGCAAUCUCAAGAGCAUUGGAGUAGCACAAGACGUUGACAAUGACCACUCGCCGAGGGCUUUUCGCUCAAAAUUCCCAUCAAACUACAGCACUCUCUUUGACCUGUUGGAGUUGACCAAAAUCCCAGCUGGCUGGAUUCAGCGAUUUGCUUAUAACAUUAUAUGGCAAUUCUCCCCGAGAGUCCAACGUUUGGAGAGGAAGAAGAAGAACCAUACAGAAACUAUGCGCCUCAUCGAAUACUUAGCCAAUAAAGGAUACUUUGAUUUCUUUGUGCGUGGUAAAGAUCCCACCCAAGGUAGUAUAUUUGGUCCACUAGACUCUCCACCGGAGACAGGACAAGAAGGUGAUGCCCAAAAAACGGACACGGCACCCACAACUGCAGUGAAAGAGCUCAUUAAGAGGAUGACAGAUAAGCUAUGCAAGUUAGUGUCGGAGGAACCGGAAACGCCUGUCUCGACUGCAAUCAAAGAGGCAGCUCAGAGUGUGGAGAAAGUGUUAAAGGCACUGUCACCUAGCUCGGAAGAGAGAUGGAACGAACCACCCUUGAUCUUAGGCGCACAAAUGGGCCUUCAUGAUUUCGUCGGCAAGAUCCUGCAAGUGUGCCCACAGUCCGCAACCUACCUGGACACGAAGGGCAGAAAUGUUCUCCAAGUGGCGAUAGAAUCUGGGAACCGAGAGACUGUAGAAACUAUCCGUAAGAUGACCCAGGGAGACAACCCCAUUUUACCAUCCUGGUUGUUGUCCAGAAUCGACUCUAAAACCAGAAACACCAUCCUGCAUUUUGCUUCUGAGAAGGUCGGUGAUACCGGAGACGAUGCAGUCCAAAUGCAAGAUGAGAUACGAUGGUUUGAGAUGGUGAAAGAGAUGGUGCCUAGGGAGCUCGUGUACAGUCGAAACGCGGACGAGAAGACAGCGCGGGAGAUCUUUACCGAGAGUCACAAAGAGAUGUUUAAGGACUGCAAGAGUCGGCUAAUGGAGAUGGGCAAGACAUGUUCAGGCCUCGUAGCGGCGGUGGUUUUCGCGUCCAGCUUCUCCAUCCCGGGCGAGAAGAAUUCCAAAACCGGCAACCCUGAGUACUUCAACAGGCUACCCUUUAAGGUGUUCACGCAUGCGUACGUGAUCGGGUUGUCGUGCGCCGCCACGUCUCUGGUGUUGUUCUUGUCCCUCGUCAUCUCGCCUUACAAGGAGCAGCAGUUCCGCCGUGCCAUCCCCACCAAGUACUUCUUCGCUUGCUUCUCGUUCGGGUUGGCGCUGACGGCUUUGCUGCUGGCCUUCACAUGCAACAUCUUCCUACAGAUAUAUGGCGGGCAGAAAACACUUACGAGGGACAUCCUUCAACUUGUACUGGAGCUUACCGUCUUCCCCACUGUCUGCUUGGUUGUGCUCCUCUACCGUGGUGCCAAUUUUGGUCCGUCUUUUUUCCGUCGUAUUUGGUGUUGAGUCAAUAAGCGUUAAUGUCGGGCAUACUUCCUCGGCUUCGUGGUCUGUGCCAGUAGAACUCUUGCGUGUGUUUGUGUGUGGUAUUAAAUUCUGAUCAUUCCUGAAUUUUACUCGCAUUUAUUUCGAGACUACUAUGAAUUGGACGUAUUUUGACUUUUUUUAUUUGAAAUUUGACUAUGCUAAAUAUCUUGUGCUCUCGUUUGCAAUAAAAAAAAAUCGUAACAUAUGUGCUGCUGUUCAUCAUCCAUCAUUAACAAAAAACAAAAAAAACAAAAGAAAUUCAAAUGCCAAUAAUAGAAAAGAAGAAGAAGAACAAACAGAGC